CUCAGCCAAAACGCUCCCCAUUCGACACCGCUGCGGAAACCUUUGUUUUUCCGCUCUCCUAGCUGGCUGUCCCUGGAACCGGUUCGCAAGGGGCGACUGGAGCGGACGGAGGAGCGGGGCUGAGCGGUCAAGUGCUAGAGUAACAUCUGCAUCCAAGCAAGUCCAUCUCAGACUCCAUCUCCAUCUCCUCCUCCAGCCUCUGCUCUGCGUCAAGCACUGGGCGGAGCUCAUUAUUUAGCAGCACAGGCAAUACUGGCUUAUUGCCCAGAGGUGUUUGCAAUGGCUGCUACUGUGAACUUGGAACUUGAUCCCAUUUUUUUGAAAGCACUAGGCUUCUUACAUUCAAAAAGUAAAGAUUCUGCUGAAAGGCUCAAAGCACUACUUGAUGAAUCUUUAGCUCGGGGCAUUGAUUCAAGUUACCGUCCAUCGCAAAAGGAUGUGGAGCCACCCAAAAUUUCAAGCACAAAAACUGUUUCCAUUAAGCAAGAGCCUAAAACAUCCUCUAAUCUUCCUUCUGGCAAUAAUAAUGGCAAGGUCCUCACAACUGACAAGGUGAAGAAGGAACCUGAAAAGAGACCUACUGAUAAAAUGAAAUCAGAUGUCACUGAAGGCACUGAUAUUCCAAAGAAACCUAGGUUGGAAAAACCAGAGACACGGUCCUCUCCCAUUACCGUUCAAACCAGCAAGGAUUUAGCUAUGGCUGACCUUUCCAGUUUUGAGGAGACCAGUGCUGAUGAUUUUGCCAUGGAGAUGGGAUUGGCCUGUGUUGUUUGCAGGCAAAUGACUGUUGCCUCUGGUAAUCAAUUAGUAGAAUGUCAGGAGUGUCAUAAUCUCUACCACCAAGACUGCCACAAGCCCCAGGUGACAGACAAGGAAGUGAAUGACCCUCGCCUUGUGUGGUAUUGUGCCCGAUGUACCAGACAAAUGAAAAGAAUGGCUCAAAAAACUCAGAAACCACCACAGAAACCAACUCCCACUGUUGUUUCUGUAGCUCCAGCUGUCAAAGAUCCAUUGGUUAAGAAACCAGAAACUAAACUAAAACAAGAGACAACUUUUCAAGCAUUUAAGAGAACAGAAGUCAAGACAUCCACGGUUAUUUCAGGAAAUUCUUCUAGUACCAGUGUUUCCUCUUCAGUAACUAGUGGUCUAACUGGAUGGGCAGCUUUUGCAGCCAAAACUUCCUCUGCUGGUCCCUCAACAGCAAAAUUAAGUUCAACAACCCAAAACAAUAGUGGGAAACCUGCUACCUCAUCAGCUAACCAGAAGCCUGUGGGUUUGCCUGGUCUGGGAACAUCAUCCAAAGGUGGAAUAGGUUCCAAAAUAGGUUCCAGUAACAGCACUGCACCCACUGUGCCAUUGAAACCACCUCCCCCUCUAACUUUGGGCAAAACUGGCCUUAGUCGCUCAGUUAGUUGUGACAAUGUUAGCAAAGUAGGUCUUCCUAGUCCGAGUAGUGUAGUUCCAGGAAGCUGCAGCCAACUAAGUGGGAAUGGAAAUAGUGGGGCACCAGGGCCCAGUGGAAGUGCCACUAGCAAAACCACUUCAGAAUCAAGCAGCUCACCCUCAACAUCCCUUAAAGGUCCAACCUCACAAGAGUCACAGCUCAAUGCCAUGAAGCGAUUGCAGAUGGUCAAGAAGAAAGCUGCCCAAAAGAAACUCAAGAAGUAACAUGGCUAAGUAGGUUUUUAUAUCACAUUAACCUAAAGAUUAAAAUCGUACUAUUUAGGACAUAAACUGUAAUAUAUAAUUUAAUAAAAAUCUUCAUAAUGAAA